GGUGCGAAAUUUGAAAAUUACACUAGUGGGACUAGCUAGCAAGCAUGUUAGCUGUCAGCUAGCUGGAAAACGUUUUUUCUCGUAGUCAUUUAGCUGGUAUGUUUAGCAAGGUCUAGUUGAAUUCAUAAGGGUGGAUAUUGUAGCGUUAAUAAAAACAUUCGUAUUAAGGUGACAGACCCCACUGAAGUCGCUUGGAAUCCUUUCUGUUGUAGCUAGCUAAGUUAUAUCAUGGCCAGUUCAGAGCUGAAAAUGGACAGCGUUGAGGGAACUGAAAACUUGAAUCAACUGGAGGCCUCUUGUCCUUCUCCGCUGAGCAUCACAACACCCUUGGAUUUCUCCCAGCUCACACCCUCCCAACCGGAUAUCUCCCUCCAGAGCUUCACUCCAUCUUCUAACGUCAAAGAAAAAUCUCGCCUGGCUCAGCUGAAGGCAAAGCGGAGGUCGAAUGUUGGUGUACGGGGUUCACCAGAGACCAACUCCCUUAUCUGCUACAUAGCCCAACAGAGGAUGAAAACUCCCCCCACAACCACACAGCCUACCCAAACCAGCUCCUUCUUUCCAAGAGUCCCCUCUACUCUAAAGCAGAAGAUGGCUAUUUUCCAGAGCAUUAUGGCUGUGGAGGAGAAUGAGAAUGAAACAGUGCCAAAACAGAACAAUGGGGGAUGCAUCAAGACAAGAGAUUUUCUGUCUAGUGAUGGGUGGAGCUGUGAUGAUGGCAGUGGUGGGAAGGAGAACAAGACCCCAGUGAGCCAGCCUCCCUCUCUGACUCCACCACCCAGUAAGAGGCGCUACACAGCAGGCCCCCAGGGGUACUGUGUGGAGGAGAUUGGCGAGGCCAACACUCCUGUCCUCAAAUGCACCAGCACCAUACUGAAGCAGCAACAAAACAAGGAGGUUGCAGUUGUCCAGAACAAGGACCAUCAUCCAGCUCUCACUCUAACACCCGGAGCACAGACACAGUCCCAGAAUGACACUGAGUUCUGUGGUGAGGUAGAACACGCUAGUGUGUCCCUGCCACCAACCCUGCAUACUAAUGCUGUGUCCCAGAUCACACAGGAUGAGCCCCAGUCCUCUCCUCUAAAGCAGAUUUCUACUCCCACCAAGGAGGAGCAGGACCAGGAGUGCUCCUUUGAACUCCACAGCCCCAGCCAACUUCUGGUUGUGCAUUCAGGACCAGACAGGACAACUCGGCCCCCGCAGUUCACCAUGCCAUCUCUUCUGGAGAUGAAUCCCACAGACGAAGCUGAUUCCUUUGGGGGUAACGUUAACUCAACUGUGAAGAGGAAGAAGCAGGUGCGUUUCGGGAUCCUGCUGCCCCCCGAGCUCUUUGACAAGAAUCUUCCCCCCAGCACCCCUUUACGGAAGGGGGGCACCCCAGGCCGCAUCCCAACGUCUGCCGGGGGGUCCCAGCUGAGGUCACUGCUGAAGACCCCCCAGAGGACCCCCCUAACCCUGGCCCAGCCGGACUUCAGCAGCCCCUCUCUGACUGGAGCCUCCCCAUCCCUCACUAUGGGGCCCUGCUGUGGGGAACAGGAGAGCACUGACACUCAGGGAAAGAUCACCUUCCCGUCAAUGGAAGAAGAUGUUGACAGUUCAUUGAUGGACAAUGCAGAGCUGGAGACUCAACCUCUCGAUUUGAACUCAGCUUUCCAAGAAGAGGACUCUGUUUGUGAGGCACUGCCAGAUGCUGCCCCAGUGCCUGACCCUGCCCUGGACUGUGAACCAGAACCAGCCGCUCCUGCCACAGCCCGCUCUCGCAGCAGAAAGAGAAAGCAACCAGAGGAGGAAAGUAAGCCUGUGAAGAAGAGGUCUUCGCGUACGGCUGCCAAGUCUGCCUGUGGGAGGAUGAAGAACUCAGCAAAGCGUGGCUUUGGGAAGAAGGCGGUAAACCGCUCUCUGUACGGGAAGAGAGACUACGCAUCCAAGAACCCCAACCUCAGCCCCAUCACAGAGAACCUGUCCUCCCUCAGCUGCUCCCCCAACCCUCAACACCCCCACACCUGCAGACACACGGCCAAAGGAGACUCCAGCCUAUUGGAAGAUGUCAUUAACAGCGACCCAAUCACUGGAGUGGUCAUGGCUGCAGCGCUGUGGCAAAGCCGCUUGUGCCCCGUGGACAGCGGGGACUCACCAGAAGACACCACCCCAGCUGCAGAGCCCUCUGAUGGGCCUUCAGAAGACCGCCAGGCCCUUGUAUGUUCCACCACAGGCCGCUCUGGGACUGGGAGAGCAGCACGAGCUGGGAGGAGACGGUCGGGUCCAACAAAUACCUCCAGAACCAAAGAGCAGAAAGAACAGAGUUUUAUUAGAGGAGAUAGAGGGAAGGGCAGGAAAGUGAGUGUUCCUGUUGAUUACUGUCUCAGUGAAGACCCAGAAGAGCAGGUAGAGAACACUGAUGCAGAACAAGACUCAACAGAAACAAGCCAGCCAGAGGUUUCAGAGUCCAGCCCAGCCAAGCACACAGUACCUGGUGACAGAGAGGGUGAACCUAAUGCACAGUGUACCUCAUACCCUGUAGAUACAGAUACAGAUCAAUGCACUGGCACACUACCAGAUGCAGGUAGGAGUGGGGAAAGUCCAGUUAGGGCAGACACUACACCCUGCCCUCCUACAGAUGAGGUUAGCACCACAGUGGCUAUAUCAGAGCAGGAGGCAGUGAGCCGUGUAGAACAGAGACCAAACAAAGGCAAGCAUAGAGGAGAAGCUCGGGCCCCGGGCCGCUCCAGGGGUAGAAGGAGUUCUAUAUACGCCAGAUCAGUCAUAGAGGAGGCGCAGGCACCCCAGUCAAACGGUCCAGAGGCAGUGGAGGAGAGCGGGCAGGAGGUGGAGAAUAACAACCACAGGUCAGAGAUGGAGCUGGGUAACAUUACAGAACAGGCCUCCUCCUUCCGAGAUUCCCUCCUUCCCCCCUGGGCACAAGAAGAGUUCAGCAUCGAUGACGUGCUGCGGCCUCUUCCCAGCAGGGGGCAUCGGUCUGUCCGCCGCAGCCUGAGGAACCAGAGCCAGAGCAGCACCCUGGAGGCCAGAGGCUCCGGCCUAGCCUGGCUGCCCCACACCUCCCCAGACUCCAUCAGGGCUAUCCGCAGGAAGACCAGGGGCCGACGCAGCUCAAUCCAGGCUCUACUGCCCCCUCCCCUGGAGUAAAUGGACCACAUGGACCUAUGAGCCGCUCACACUGCUCCUAGCCUGUCGGCUACUGGACACUGGCUGGGUCCUGAACUAGCGCCCUAUUCACUAUGUAGUGCACUACUUUUGACCAGUGUUGGUGAAAAGUAGUGCAUUUUAUAGUGAAUAGGGUAGCAUUUCAGAUGCAAGCCUGCCUUUUGAUACUGUUAGAGAAGCUAAAUGGGAUGUGGUUCUGAGUUAAUUGGUCGUUGGGAGUUUUAUAAACCUUCUCGUUUUUAGUAAUUAACUAGUUGUGUAAAUAGAAUAAGAUCUUCCUUUAAUGUGAUUGAACUGCCUGGCAUAUUUUUUUUUUUUAUGUGUACCUCCUGUAUCCAUUAAAUAAAAUGGGGAUCUUCCAAACCAUUCAUUGUCUGAAUAUUAUACAGGCCUCUCUUGA